AUGGCGCGAUUCCCAGCAGCCCGACUGCUCCUGGCAUUGGUAGUAAUGGCCGUCACCAACGCCCAAGUGGACCAGUCGCAGUACAGUGUCCCUUGCGUGAUGCAAUACGUCGGCUGUGUCGGCAUCCGAAACUUCAACGACGCCUUCAGUCGUCUACUAGGCGACGACUUAAUGGAACCUGUCAAGUGCCAAAAGUUCUGCAGCGGUAUAGGCGCAACGUACGGAAGCUUGUACGACGAUGUGGCGGUGCCCGAAUUAUCUCAAUCUGUACAAAGCGGUUUCUAUCACUACCACGUGCGGAACCAGCAGUACCAGUACGACGACAUCUUCUUCUUCCUCGUCGACAUCCUCGUCCAUCUCGACCACGUCCUCGUCAACUUCGACGACAACCUCUCAGACAACCACAGACACAUCACUAACAACGUCUUCACCCACUUCAACAUCCUCAUCCUCCUCGACGACCUCUCCAACAAUGUCAACCUCAACAAGCUAAUCAACCUCAUCAACAAGAAGCUUCCCAGCCAACACCCUCGUCCCCGCCCCGCUCGCACCAGCACGGUAUAUAGGUUGCGGCCGCCUAGACAACGACAUGGUCAGCGACGUCGACCUCCUCUUCAACCCCACCGUAGCGAACCGACCCGCACUGGACGCGAGCUUCUUCAACACUACGAGUUCGAGUUCGUCUUCGACUAUCUCCUCUACUUCGACCGCAUCUGCUUCAUCGUCCAGCUCGGCCAGUAUUCUCUCGAGCACAUCAAGCCUAUCGAAAAGCCCGGUAGUUUCGAGCACCUCUCCAGGAACAUCAUCAAUAACAAGCUCAAGCAUACCAGCGACUUCGGGCUCUUCAGCUUCCACAACUCCAGUGGCGAGCACUUCCAGCAGCGGAUCCAUCCCUGCAACUCUACCCCUUUCCUCGACGGCUCCUGCUUUGGUUCCCGCUUCAACACCUUCUGCAACGCCCUCCGACAGCUCGAUUCCAAGCAGCAGCACUCCAGCCGCGCCCACUUCACCUGCCUCGACAACAAGCACUAUUCCAACCACGGGUCCCCUCCCAAUAGACACAAGGUCCUCGAGCCCUACUCUCGCAUCUACCAGCAGCCCUCCGGGAUUGGGCCCGGCUUUCCUUCUCACAGUCACCAUACUAGGUCAAGCUGCACCAACCCAAACCCUUAA